AAUGUAUUAAUUUAUAUUAUGUAUAAAAAUAAAUUUUACAAUAAACAUUGCUGUAGGAAAUCUAUGAAGCUCCAGCAGUUUUCGUUCACCGAUAAAUUGAAUUUUUGAUAAUUCUGCAAUGUAAAAAUAUAAACAUCACCAGUAAAAAAUUUAACUGGAAAUAGUAAAAAUAUAAUUAUUAGCACAUUUUAAAUAAAUUAGUAAAUCUGGACGCACCAUGUACUCGUAUUGUUGUUUUUUAGUAUUUUUGUUCAAUAUUUGCCUUUGCGAGGAUAUAAUAAACAACAAACGUUUUCCCAGCGAUUUUAUAUUUUCUGUGGGAACCUCUGCCUAUCAAAUUGAAGGUGGCUGGAAUGAGGAUGGAAAGAGUCCCAGCAUAUGGGAUACUACAGUACACAGUAAUCCUGCGUUUAUAGAGGAUUCUUCUAACGGAGACAUUGCUUGCGAUUCUUACCACAAAAUCGAAGAGGAUGUAGCGAUUAUCAAAGAAUUAGGCGUCACUCAUUACCGGUUUUCCAUAGCCUGGACGAGAAUUCUUCCUAAUGGUAUCGGAGAAGUAAACGAAGCUGGAGUAGCGCAUUACAAAAAACUCAUAAAAGAACUCAAAAACAACGGUAUAUCUCCGUUUGUAACCAUCUUCCACUGGGACAUCCCUCAAGUCCUUCAAGACAUGGGCGGCAUCUUGAACUCGUCCUUCGUCUCGUGGUAUUCCGACUACGCCAGGGAGUGCUUCAACCGCUUCGGCGACGACGUUGGAUAUUGGAUAACCUUCAACGAACCCCAACAAAUUUGUACCGGAGGCUACGGCUCUGGGGUCUUUGCCCCAGCUGUCAAAUCCGAAGGCCUGCUGGAGUAUCUAUGUGCUUAUCAAGUGGUCAAAGCCCACGCCAAGGCUUGGCAUAUUUACGACAGUGAGUUUAGGAGUAAACAAAAUGGAAAAAUAUCAAUUGCAUUAGAUACUUUAGCUUUUGUACCGGCAUCUUCUAGUCCAUCUGAUAAAGAGGCAGCUAAUAGGAUGCUGCAUUUUACGUUAGGUUUGUAUGCUAAUCCAAUAUUCUUGGGAGACUAUCCAUAUGUAAUUAAGGCGCGAAUCGCUGCCAGAAGUGCUGCAGAAGGCAGAAACCGAUCGCGUUUGCCCGAAUUUACACAGGAUGAAAUAGAUUACAUUCGUGGAACUCACGACUUUUUCGGCCUGAAUGCUUACAGUGCCUUUGUAAUUGAAGCUAUUGAGGAUCCUCCCGUUCAGAAUCCUCCUAGUACUUGGCAGGACCAAGGGGUGAACAUCUACAUACCUUCUCAUUGGGAGGGCACUGCCCAGUAUCAUUUCGUGGUAGUUCCUUGGACAAUUAGACCAUUGCUCAAUUGGAUCAAAAAUACUUACAAUAAUCCCGGAAUAAUCAUCACAGAAAACGGUUACCCCAGCAAAGGAGAUAAGGAUGAUAGAAGGGAAUAUUAUAUUAGGGGAUAUUUAAGCUACAUUCGAGAUGCAAUGAUAGAAGAUGAUGUAUCUGUAUUGGGCUAUAGUGUGUGGAGUUUAAUGGACAAUUUCGAAUGGACAUUAGGGUAUACUUUGAAGUACGGUCUCUUCAAUGUGGACUUCAGCAGUGCAAACAGAACGAGAACGAUUCGUCCAUCUGGGGAAUUUUAUAAAAAAGUAAUCCAAACUAGGUGUCUUGUUGAGAAUUGCGUGGAGUAAAAAAGACAAAAUUUUAUAACUUCAUUAUGUUUCAUUCAUCCAUUACUUCAUUCACACAUAAAUGAAUUCUCGUUUAAAAAAUAAUACCCAACAGAUUGUCAAUUAAAAAUUUGAUUAAACAAAAAUAUUUCUCCUCAGUUCAAAUCUAUAAUGAUGGAGAUUUUGAAUUGUUUCAAUCAAUAUUCCAAAUAAGUUCUAUUAAGUGUAAAUAUACAAACCUAUUUCUCUUGGUCCGAUUUUAUAAUUAAACUCAAACGUGACAAAGUGAUUUUUAUUUAUUUAAUACUCCAGUAUACAGAAGUAAUCAUAGCUUUCCAAUUUAUUUACAUUUUUCCACAAGGCACCUAGUUUUACUCACUUUACCGUAGAAAAUCGACGAAGGCCUGGGAGUUCUCGUGCGCUUUAGCGUCUUGAAAUCUACUUCGUACAAACCAAAUUUCUGACUAAAAAUCAA